UUCCAAACAAUCCCUAAUUGGUGCCUUAAAGAACAAAAACGAAAAACAGGUGCGAGAGAAAAUCUGGGAAUCUAAUAUUCAUUUCGAAGCUUCGAAUUUUCCCAUCCGAAAUUCCGAUCGGAGAGUUGAAAUCUGACUGCGAGAGAUCACCCAUGUUGCUGGCUGUGCUGAUCGCCAACUCCGUCGGCAACAUUCUCGUUGAACGGUUUCAUGGAGUUCCGGCAGAGGAGCGAUUGCAUUGGCGAUCAUUUUUAGUGAAGCUGGGAGCUGAUAAUCUCAAAGGUGCGAAAAAUGAAGAGCUAUUUGUUGCUUCACACAAGUCUGUAUAUAUUGUUUACACUGCUCUUGGCGAUGUUGCAGUUUAUGUUGUUGGGAAGGACGAAUAUGAUGAAUUGGCUUUGGCAGAAGUGAUCUUUGUAAUAACAUCAGCGAUAAAGGAUGCCUGUGGGAAAGCUCCAACUGAGCGCUUGUUUCUCGACAAAUAUGGAAAGAUUUGUUUGUGUCUUGAUGAAAUUGUCUGGACGGGCAUCUUGGAAAACACGGAGAAAGACAGGAUCAAGAGGCUGAUAAGGUUAAAACCUCCCAAUGAGUUUUGAUCAAUGAAACGGAUGCACACUAUCUUGUUGGUUGCUGCUUUCAACUAUUUUACUCAACUUAUGCCAAAGAAUUGUUUCAAGCACUGUGGAAUUUCCAUCGUGAUCGAUAAGUUUACUUUACUUACCUAUUCUAUUUGGCUCUCAUACCUGAACUUUAUCGGACCCAUUCAGUUUGUAAGUUAGAACUUGAAGAUGUGUAAAGAAUUGAAGAUUUGAUCAAGAUUUUGAUACUGGGAACAAACUAGUUUAUUGAGUGAUUUUGAAAUAGUUAAAAUCACUUUUGUUAUAUUUAAAUAUACGUUUUUAAUCCCUCAAAAUUAGUUUAGGGUUUGAUUAGCCACACAUGCCCUACAUUCGUAUAUUGCAGUGGAAUCGUGGAGUAAAUUUGUAGUAUUCUAUCAAUUUGCUUCACAACUAACUGUGGUUGGAUAAGAUGGUUGAUGCGUAUGAGCUCAUCCGUCCUAGUGGCCCUUUGAACAUUAGUAAUACGACUUUGAAGGAGAUGAGUUCUAAUUA